AUGGAUCUUUUACGAUUUCAAAGACACUAUAAGAUAAGACCUCAUCCAGAUACAUUCAAAGCGAUAUUUCAUGACUUGAUGCAAGUUAAUAAUGAGCUUGAUUUCAAAGACAAUCAAACGAUGGAUGAAAGUUUAACAAAACUACUUCACUUCACACGUCAGAAUGAAGGGAGUUCAAUCUCAAUUCAAAAAUUUGACUAUAAAAGUGUUGAUGAUUUAAAGUCAAUUCUAAGAUCAACUCGAGAGACAUUGAUAUAUAUCAGCAACUUAGACACUAGACAUUAUUCCGAUAAUGUUAUUGAUAGUUUAUUCCAAUUAUCCAAAAGCUUAUUAUUAUUCUUGGAUUGGGAAACAGACAACAGAACAGAUUUUUUAGUUUAA